UUGAACAUAAUGACAAAAAUAAAAACUCCAGCUGAGGGUAUUUAAAUCCGCGGUACCGAUUAUAGGCAUAACAAGAAAAAAAUAAAAAUAAAGAAGAAAAAAAGCUUUACGGUCACGUGCUGCGAUCACGUGACCCGCCCUCAGUUUUCCGUCCAACAUGGCCGCGUCUGUGUUCCAGAGAGUCCGGACCGGGUCCAAACUAGGCGCCCAGUACGACCAGGAGGGCCAUCUGAUCCAGGUGGAGAGCCGCGAGGAUGAGGAGCAGAGCGUGAAGCUGGCCGAGAUCCUGGAGCUGCUGCUGGCCGCCGGCUACUUCCGGGCCCGGAUCAAAGGCCUGUCCCCGUUCGAUAAGGUGGUGGGGGGGAUGACCUGGUGCAUUACCACCUGUAACUUUGACGUGGACGUGGACCUGCUGUUCCAGGAGAACUCCACCAUCGGUCAGAAGAUAGCUCUGACGGAGAAGAUCGUCUCUGUCCUGCCAAAGAUGAAGUGUCCUCACCGGCUGGAGCCUCAUCAGAUCCAGGGCCUGGACUUCAUCCACAUCUUCCCAGUCAUUCAGUGGCUGGUGAAGCGAGCCAUUGAGACCAGAGAGGAGAUGGGAGACCAAGUGAGAGCCUUCUCCAUCGCAGAGUUCCAGAAGACUCACAAACUGCCAGAAGAUGAGGAGUUCCUUCAGAGGAAGGACAAAGCUGUCAGGGCCAUCGUCACCGUCCAGGAAGUCUACAAACCUCAGAGGAAGUACAGGAGGCAGAAGGAGGCGGAGGAGCUGCAGGAUGAGGAGUCCAGAGUCCACUCCACUCUGUUGGAGUACGGGAGGCGUCUUGGCUUCAGUAAAUCCUCCCAGACAGCAGAGGAGGGGAAGGCGCCGCUGACCCCCGGCUCUCAGGCGGGCCCUCCAGGGAUGGCUGAGGUGUCAGAGGAGGACCACCUGCAGGCGGCAGAGGAGAUGAGGAUCAAAACCCUGAUGACCAACAUGGCCGCCAUGGCGAGUGAAGAGGGGAGGCUGAUGGCCAGCGCCGUGGGUCAGAUCGUGGGUCUGCAGUCGCAGGAGAUCAAGCAGAUGGCCUCGGAGUACGCCGAGAAGCAGUCCGAGCUUUCCUCGGAGGAGCGUCAGGAGCGCUUCGGGCCGCUGCAGCAGCACCGCCGAACGGUCGCCUCGCUCAACAAGCAGAUCCAGAUGAAGCUGAAGCAGCUGGAGCAGCUGCAGGUGGAGCACGCAGACGUGAAGGCCAGUUGUGAGCAGGCCAAGCAGAAGCUGACGGAGGCUGUGGAGCGCUCCGAGCAGCUGGAGCAGGACCUGAAGUCUCUGCAGGAGGAGGAGGAGCAGGCGGACAGCAGGCUGCUGGAGAAGCUGAAAGCUUUGGUCACCAUGAACGAGAACCUGAAGCAGCAGGAGCAGGACUUCCGCGCGCACUGCAGGGAGGAGAUGACGCGCCUCCAGCAGAACAUCGAGGAGCUGAAGUCCGCUUCUGGACAGGAUGCCGAGGAGGAGAAGAGGAACCAGCUGAUUGACGCCCAGUACAACUCGGACCGGGAGAAGCUGCAGAAGAUCCGCCUGCUUAUGGCUCGCAGGAACCGGGAGAUCGCCAUCCUGCAGAGGAAGAUCGACGAGGUGCCGAGCCGCGCCGAGCUCACGCAGUACCAGAAGAGGUUUGUGGAGCUCUACAGCCAAGUUUCUGCUACUCACAAAGAAACCAAGCAGUUCUUCACGCUGUACAACACCUUAGAUGACAAGAAGGUCUACCUGGAGAAGGAGGUGAACCUGCUGAACUCCAUCCACGAUAACUUCCAGCAAGCGAUGUCCUCCUCAGCAGCCAGGGAGCAGUUCCUGCGGCAGAUGGAGCAGAUCGUGGAGGGCAUCAAGCAGAACCGCAUCAAGAUGGAGAGGAAGAAGCAGGAGAACAAGAUGAGGAGAGAUCAGCUGAACGACGAGUACCUGGAGCUGCUGGACAAGCAGAGACUCUACUUCAAGACCGUCAAAGACUUCAAGGAGGAAUGUCGCCGGAACGAGAUGCUGCUCUCCAAGCUGAGGGCCAAAGGAGCUUCUUAGUUCUCUUGGUUCUGUCGGCCCAGUGGACCGUCUGCUAGCUGCGAGCAGAACGUCGGAUGGACGUCCAGAGCCUGACGGAUGGGAUUCUGCAGAACCUUCAGUCUUCAUCCAGGUUCUGCUGUUUGGACCUGGAGGUCAUGUGACCCGUUACCUCUGUUACCCCCUAAUAAAGAGUCCUUGAACCGUC